UGCUCGUAUUGAUAAUAUUCUUCCAUUAUAUGGUGUAAGUCUUGAUGGCCAAGAACCCUGUCUUGUUUAUCAAUAUAUGGAUAAUGGUUCUUUAGAAGAUCGCUUGAGGUGCAAAAAUGGUACAGCACCUUUGACUUGGUUUCAAAGAAGCUUUAUUGCAAUAGGGACAGCCAAAGGAUUGAACUAUUUACAUACAGCUGAUAAGGUACCUUUGAUUCAUGGUGAUAUAAAAAGUGCCAAUAUUUUGCUAGAUACCAAUUUUAAUCCAAAAAUUGGUGAUUUUGGUUUAACAAGAGAAGGUCCUUUAGAAAAUCGAACUCAUACAAAAGUUACUACUGUUCAUGGAACUCAACCAUAUCUACCUUUAGAAUAUUUAAAAUAUCAUAAACUCUCUACAAAAGUAGACAUAUACAGUUAUGGAAUAUUUUGGAGAAAAAAUUGGAAUCUUUUAUAUGCCUUAGUUGGCAUUAAUUGUUGUGAAUCUGGUCUGUUUUAUUGUAUUUCUGAACCUACAUCAGCCAUUGAGUACAUCAAUGAGAUCUCUUUUCAAGCAUAUGGUAAGUUUAGCCAGAUUCACAACAGAGUGACUGGAGUGAGAUUCACAACAGAGUGA